AUGCAGUGGUUACUGAGAACAGUGUCCUUUCUCGUUUUACUUGGAAAUACAUGUUGUUUAUUUAAACAAGAACCCAGGAAUCCUGAAGCCUACAUGAAUGUGAGUGAGGUAAUUUCCUAUUGGGCCGAUGCAACUGAAGAGUAUGAGAUUGUGACCGAAGAUGGUUAUAGCCUCACAGUUUACCGCAUCCCCCGUGGAAAGAAUGAUUCUAGUGAUUUAGCCCUAAAGCCAGUACUAUAUUUACGACAUAGAUGGACAUUGACUGCUGGUAUCUGGAUUGCCAACGCUCCCAAUAGCCUGGGCUUCCUUCUGGCAGAUGCUGGUUGUGAUGUGUGGAUGGGGAAAAGCAGAGGAAAUGUCUGGGCCAGAAACUUGUACUUAGACAAAGAGUCUAAAGAAUUCUUGGCUUUUAGUUAUGAUGAAAUGAUACAAUAUGAUCUCCCAGCUACCAUAGAUUUCAUUCUGAAGAACGCGGGACAAAAGCAAAUCUACUACACGGGCCAUUCACAGGGCACAAUUAAGGCUUUUGGAGCAUUUUCAACAAAUCCACAACUGGCCCAUAAGACCAAAAUCAACUUUGCACUGGGUCCAGUCACUACACUUAGAUACACAAGUGCUAUGCGCACUUUGGCUUACAUCCUUCCACAAAUGUUCAAGCCCACUCCUCCAUUAUACAAGGUGGAGGACAUGAAGGUUCCAACUGCAAUGUGGAGUGCUGGGCGAGAUAUUCUGGCAGACCCAAUACUUCCUGCAAUUUUGGAACCCCAAAUCUCAAAUCUCAUUUACCGCAAGAAGAUUUCUGACUAUGGUCAUAUGGAUUUUGUAAUAGGUUCGAAUGCUUAUAAGGAAGUUUUCAAUGAAAUUUUAAUAUGUGUCAGUGAAGAUCUAUCAAGUUGA